AUGCCACGAUUGAAAAAGAGGAUCGACGAGGAGACCGUGGUGGUGUCGAAAUCGAGAGAACUUCCGGAAACCUUAACGGCGGGUAGAUCGCGCCGUACGAUAAAGCCCAAUCCAAAGUACAUGAACGAUGAAAUGCUCAUACCGACGAGAAACGCUAUCGACGAGAAUGACAUUAGCGGAGAUGAGUACAUAGUGGACUACGAAGAGAACGAUGAUCCGGAAGAUUCGGGCUUGAUCAUCCGGAAGUCGGUAGUUACGUCCACGCCGCAAACGGACGGGCAACCGAGGAAACGGGGCCGUCCGCCUAAACCAAAAAAUUUGGACGCUCCGAGGACUGAGCCAGCUAAAAACCUUCGCAAGGAAGUGUUGAAAAAGAUGGAUUACAAGACGAUUAGUAUCAGCAAAUCUCGCCAUUUGGGUUCACAGUUUCAUGAAGGAAGACGUAAGCUGAAUUUGACCAUGGAUUCCAAUGAUGCAGAUUCCGCUGAUCAAGACGAAAUGGAUGACAUGGAGAUGGAAGAACAUUCUCUGCGAUCAAAUGACAGCUCGGAACAUGUGAGUCGCUCACCACAUAGGUUCAGUUCGCUUACUUUAAAGAAGCAUGUAUCUAGCAACAUCUCAGACCGAAGAAGCAGCAUUGCUAACAAAAGUACGGUUGGCAGCAAAAAUGAAGGUACAACCGAAGAAGACGAAUUCGACGAUGAGGUCGAUUUUGUGGACUAUGGUGAUGAGCACAAGAUGAACCCGUCACAGCAAAUGGUAAAGGUCAAACGUCCGGUGGGAAGGCCUCGUAAGUAUCCGCAGAAGGUUUCGCCAUUCGGUGGGAAAGUGUUGCUGCCGGGCAUGAAAACGUCUUCCGGCACGCCUCUCCUUAAGCGCAAAGCAUCGGAACUGGUGGACGAGAUCAAGCAAGAAUCCCAACAGUCGAAAAUGUUGCGCCGUUCGUACGGAGUGAAGAGCGUGAGUGCAUCGAGUCGUUCGCUAGAAAUUGAGUCGGAUGAAAACAGCGAGUACAAGGGCAAGCAGUUAAACAAAUCCGCCUCAUUCCAGAACGUGCACCGCGGUUCGGGCCGCUCGCCGAAAGAUGGUUAUCUUUCCGGGCAGUCCAGCAAGCCGGACAAAAUGCAGGGCAACCGAUCGUUCCCCGAGGUAAAAGCGUCAAAACCUACGAUCACGAUCGUAAACGUGAACGAUAUUAUGAAGAUGAAUUCCAAAAGUGUAUCCGACCUGCGACGAAAGGUGGAAGAGGAUGAACCCGACUCGGAGGACGUGUCCGAGUUUGAGGAGGUGCAAUCGAGCGGCCGUUCGCAGGAUGGUGGAAAAACGAACAAUCAGCUGGUGGCGUCCAUCCUGGAGCGGAAGCGGCCCAUUGCCCUGGAACACUUGCAGCAGGCGGUACGAAGGCGUGUUCGGGAAUCGGGCGAGAUGGUACGUAACAGAGUAGAAUUGAAACCGAAGCGUACCAUCAGGGGCGUUACGGAAACCCUUACCGAAGAAGAUAUCGUUGACUUCGAGGAUGUCUUGCAGAAGAAUAUUGUAAGUGCCAGCAAAGGCCCCCGAACGGUUACGGUCGGUGCGGUACGAGGACGGGGACGGCCGUCAGAAAAUGCCCAGCAGGAUGAAAACUACAGCGGCAGUUACGGUGCACCGAAUAGCAAACGCUUCGCGCAAGGGAAUCGGAUGAGCAUGGGCAAAACGGUCGGUAACCCGAGACGGUCGUUGCAACCGCCACGAAUACUGAACGCGACCAUGAAGCUGGGCGACAAUCAUCCCCGCUCGAAGCAGUCCGGUGGUUCGGGCGACAAUCACUAUUCGAUUGAUUUAUCCGAUCCGGACAACAACGUGAAGCUCGUGUCUUCCUCGAACGAAAAUUCUCCGGUCAAGCGAUCGCCGGGCGGAAUGGCGGGUACGAUGGCGACGCUCGGACAAAAGCUGGCCAGCGUUGGAAGCGCCAUAAAGCCAAUGGUACGGGACAGUAUGCGGUCGCCGCAGGAACCGAAGAAAAAGCGUGUCACGGUUUACGAAACAUGGAACGUGUUGCAAACCAAAUCCAUCGACUCCACCAUGAAACCGCCCCGUUUGGCGCUGUCAAUGAUUGGCCUUGGCAAUAUCGCCGGCGAUAUCAAGCUGCCAUCGUCCGCCUGGUGUUUUCGCACGGUGGUGGAAAGGCGCAAGGUUCUACCGGCCGAGGGUGAUGAAGUGUUCUGCGGUCAGAUACAGGACCUUACCAUAAAGGAGGAAGAUAAAGUCAACUACGAACCGAACAAGAUCUUGUUCCGCCGCAAGGCUGCAUCGCCGGGACGGUUCAAUGUGCAGUUCGAUCGUUCCGUCACCUUCCGCAACGACACCUACACGCUGAACGUGGAAGGGCAGAUCUGCAAGCUCAUGGCCGCACCGAGCCAGCUGGAGUCGGUGGAAGAUAUCGAGACGUUGUUGAAAAUUGUCGACUAUGUGGAUCUUAAGAAUGGUUGCCUCGAAUUACCGGCAUCGGCACGGCUGCACAUAACCAAUGCGGCUACAGCUGUUGCUGCCAAGCGGUUCGCCGGCAACAAGGAUCCGGUAAUAAUGUAG